GUCAGAAUCCAUCCUCCUGUCACUGGCUUAUAUGGACAAGUCAGUCACCGUCACGUGACCCCUGGCUGCUAAAAACAGCUCAGGCACCCACUCUGAACCAGGGCCUGAAACAAUGUCCACCGCUGAAAGAGACGCAAAGGACACUUGAUCACACAAUCCUUGGAAUUAUUUCAAGGAAACCCUUGCAGAAGCCCGUUCGGAGUACCCUUUCCCCGCAGUGCACACCAACGGCGAGGAGAUGAGCACUUCUCUGAAUUACAAGUCUUUUUCCAAAGAGCAGCAGACCAUGGAUAACUUGGAGAAGCAGCUCAUCUGUCCUAUCUGCUUAGAGAUGUUCACGAAGCCCGUGGUCAUUCUCCCCUGUCAACAUAACCUGUGCAGGAAAUGUGCCAGUGAUAUUUUCCAGGCCUCUAACCCCUAUCUGCCCACAAGAGGAGGUACCACUGUGGCAUCAGGGGGCCGAUUCCGUUGUCCAUCCUGCAGACAUGAAGUGGUUUUGGACAGACAUGGAGUGUAUGGACUUCAGAGGAACCUGCUGGUGGAAAAUAUCAUUGACAUCUACAAGCAGGAAUCCACCAGACCAGAAAAGAAGUCAGAGCAGCCCAUGUGUGAGGAGCACGAGGAGGAGCGCAUCAACAUCUACUGCCUGAACUGCGAGGUGCCCACCUGCUCCCUGUGUAAGGUCUUUGGGGCACACAAAGAUUGCCAGGUGGCUCCCCUCACUCACGUCUUCCAGAGGCAGAAGUCUGAACUCAGUGAUGGCAUUGCUGUCCUUGUGGGAAGCAACGAUCGAGUCCAGGGAGUGAUCAGCCAGCUGGAAGACACUUGUAAAACGAUUGAGGAAUGCUGCCGAUAUCAGAAGCAGGAACUUUGUGAGAAGUUUGAUUACCUGUACAGCAUCCUGGAGGCAAGGAAGAAUGAAAUGACACAAGUCAUCACCCGGACCCAAGAGGAGAAACUGGAACAUGUCAGAGCUCUGAUCAAAAAGUAUUCUGAUCAUUUGGAGAACGUAUCAAAGUUGGUUGAGUCAGGAAUCCAGUUCAUGGAUGAGCCUGAAAUGGCAGUGUUUCUGCAGAAUGCCAAAACCCUGUUACAAAAAAUUUCUGAAGCAUCGAAGGCAUUUCAGAUGGAGAAAAUAGAACAUGGUUAUGAAAAUAUGAACCACUUCACAGUCAACCUCAAUAGAGAAGAAAAAAUAAUACGAGAAAUUGAUUUUUACAGAGAAGAUGGUGAUGAAGAAGAAGAUGAAGAAGAAGAAGAAGAAGGAGAAGGAGAAGAAGUAGUAGCACUGGAAGAGGUAGAAAAUGUUCAAACGGAGUCAUCAGGAGAAGAUGAAAGUCCCGAGAAAGCCUCUCAACCCUCACUGCUGGCCUCCGAGCUCCACGUGGCCUCGGGGGCACUUCUGGUUUCCUCUGCAGAGCCACCUCCAGACCUGCCAUCUGCUGCUGAGGCCCCAGUGACACAGGGGGAGGUUGUGCCCAGUGGCUCUCAGCAGACCACAGAGUCUGAAACUCCAGUCCCUGCAGCAACGGAAACCACGGAUCCCUUGUUUUACCCUAGUUGGUAUAAAGGCCAAACCCGGAAAGCCGCCAACCCACCUUCCACCACAGGGAACGAAGGUCUGGGACAAGUAGGGCCUUCAGGUUCUGAGGAUUCCAAUGAACAGAAGGCAGACGUGGCAGAAGCCGCAGCCAAUGAGAGGGCAGCAGAGAGUGGUAAGGAAACUAGUUCACCUGCAGCUACUUCUCAGGAGUUAGCAAUCUGCCUAGCACUUUUGGCUUUUCUUAUACUUCACUACAUCUGGCGUCAGAUUCAGUGCUUGCUUUUUACUUUAAUGGAUUGGAGUUGAGGCCCCUCCUCUCCAGGGACGAGCUGCAGCUUCAGGGAGCAGGGAGGGAGCUGAUUCUGAGCCAGCUCGCCACAUCUUCUCCUUCUCCUGGUUGAACUCCCUGAGUGAAUGAUGUUCAUUCCAGCUGCUGCCCCUCUGUCUGCCUGGCAGAGAUACACAGAGGCAGCAGGGAACCCAGAUGAAAUUAAUUUGAUGCAGAUGAUGAAAGGGACCUCUGAACAGGAUUUCUGGGAAAAAAAAAAAAACCCAAAACUUUAAUUCCAGAUGACUUAUCUAACAUAUUGAGAGAAAAUAAUACUUUGAGAAACUAGUUGCAGAAGGCAUUGGAAAAAAGAAACCUGAUCUUAUACAAAUCUCCUGUCGGGUGGGAAGCGUGAUGAAGGGUGUAUAGGUGUGGUAUGUGUGUUCGGCAUCAGUAGGCAAGUGGUAGUUGUUGAAAAAAGUGGGCACUAUGCUCUUGUCUCUAAUAGGUACUGGCUUUUUGUUAUUAUAUCACAGUAGUUCUUUUCCCCUUUCCUCUUUAACGAUGCAGCUGGUCAGUGAAAUUCAGUGUUAAUUCAGAAGUGACUGAUUUAGCAAUAUACGGACAAAAGGUAAAUCAUUGAGGUAUGAAAUGUUUCACAAAUGUUUCCUCUUUUCCAUAAUGGAUUCUCUGGAUGUAUAUCCAGAAAUGUUCUUCGAAUUUGGUGACACUUUCAUAGUCAGGAAGGUGAAGGUCUAGGACAUCUCUUGUGACAUUUUUUCUAAUCUCAGUUUUAGAUAUUCAGAUAUCAGGCACUUUAAUUGAAGAAGACCUUACAGCGGGAACUGUCUCUGUUUCAUGUAUCCACUGAGGCACCAGUUCGGUGAAUUGUAGAAUAACUGCGUGUAUUUAAAUAUAUAUGUAUACACACACACAACACACCCACACACAGAUAUGUGUUUGAGUCAUGCUUAUUUGUCCUACCAUCAUCCCUCCUUCAGAACAUAGUAUAACUCUACUUUGUAUAAACUCUGAAAUAAAUGCUGUUUUUAAAAA